AGACUAAAGCACUAAAUAAGAUUCAAGAGGAACCAAGAUUUAAAAUUAUUUUAACAACCCCAGAAGAUUGGUUGAUAAAAAAUUUGAAUACGAAUCCAUCUCAAAGCACAAUAACACCUAGACCAAGAAGUGUCAAGAAUUGGAAAAAGAAGAAGAAAGAUACAUUAUUAGGAAUAUUAGAAAAGCUCUUUGUAGGAUAUCUCAGAAACCGAAAGAUCUUUAAUGAAAUACAAAAUAGAUUCUUGGGAAGAAAACCAAGUUACAGGAGGAAAAAGAAAAUAGAAAGACCUAAAAAAGAGAAAAAGAAGACUCUCAUAUCCAGAAUAUGGAAAAAAAAAGAACCUGAGCAGACUGAUCAAGACAUUGAAAUGAAGAAACAGAAAGAAGACUUAUGGUACUUAAAGAAAAAGAGGAAGAAAAAAGAAGAUAUAGAAGAAUAUUCUUGGAAGAAACUG